AUGAAGGCCUAUAACUCUGACAACAUUGGAUUGUCCUCCACACUCUCUGUCCACCUCUUCUCAGAUGACUGUGGUAAUGAGGGCAAUGCCUUGCUGCGGAGCUGCCACCAGGUGAUGCGCAGCGAGUUCUUCUCCCCAGACGACCUGUGCUCCAACCUACCGUUCUGGUGUAACUGGACCAUCCAGGUAGACCCUGGUAAACGUGUGCUCCUCCAUCUAGAGGACUUCACCCAGUCAGAUGCAUGCAGCGGGAAGCUGGACCAGAUCCACCUGGAUGAGCCCCUGGGGGGUCACAGGAUCCUGGAGAAGUGUUGGCGUGAGGCCAAGUACAGGUCCCUCUCCAACAUCCUCCAUGUGGUUCAGCUGAUCAGAGGCAAGCACAGUCCGCCCCACAGGGGCUUCUAUGGGUGUUACGAGGCGUUCGUACCGCCAGUCACGUACAAUGCUUAUGGUGAUACCACCAAAGAAGACAGGAAGUUGAUGACUGAACCAAAAGCGACAGAACUGGAACCCUUUCCCUCUCUGAGAAGUUUCACCAAGUUUCUCCCCAUGACGGGGGGUGAACCUACGGAGGCCAUUUUACUGGAUCAACCCCACCCCGCCAGCUCAGACCAACUGAUGGUGUUUGACUAUUUCGACCAACUCACUUCCUCCUCUGCGUCCAAUGAGCUUCCAACAUGGGAAGCAGAGGAGCCAAUGGUCAGAGAGGGGCCCUUCAAGUUUUAUCCUUUUCAGAGAGAGGAAGAAGACUGGAACAGAGGAAUCUCCGAGGGGACUGAAUUAGAUGAGUCGCUUGACAAAGGAAGACUGGGAAGUGGGUUGAGUGCAGGAGUACUUUACAUCCUCUGGCUGUGUAUUGGGGGUGGGCCAGAAGGGGUGAAGGUUCACAGGACCCUGCACCCGGCCCUGCAGGAGCUGUUAGAGGGUGAUGUGAAUGAGUGUGUGACCCAGCUGGUGCUGUGUGACGUCAACGCAGAGUGUGUGAACCGCUUUGGUUCCUAUGCAUGCCGAUGCCACUCCGGGUUCGAGGACAUGUCUAGGCUGGGCUCAGGAGGAACCAUUUGCGUGGACACCAAGGCCGCUGGUGUGGACCCCCACAAUGAGUUGACGAUUACGAUAGAUCAGCAUAGUCCUGAGCAGCAGCACUGUAACACUGGCUGUAAUUCGGAACAGUCCAGCGGGAUGAUCAAAGGCACACGUGGUGUGUUUCUUGUUCAGCUUCCCCAUCCUGCUGCUCCUCUGUACCGUGGGCGUGCUGUACCACCGCCACCACCGGGGGGCCUUCCUGGUCCACUGUCGGCGCAGCAGCCUCGGGAGCAUCCCCCCUCCUGACUGCAAAAACAGUUCCAUCCGCACCAACUCGGAGCUGCCCCCACCCAUACGGCGCCCUAAGGAGAGCUGGGCUCGCCCUAAGGACUGCUGCCCCUCGGUGGACCUGCCCUUGCUGCGCUUCAGCCCCCUGCUGCCUCUUGAUGGGUACAUGGAGCCAGGGGAGGGUGUCAAGCUUUGAAGAGAAGAUUACUUUGUGGUUGUCCUGCAUGUGCAAUGAAAACAUUGAGACUCUAUUCUGGGCAGGUUGACUUCACUGUUUCAUGAGUUCAUUCUUUGCCUUUCCUCUCAUGAUGAAAUAACUUAUUACUGUAGUAUGACAUUAUCUUUGUGUGUAGUUUGGAUAUGAUGUAUUCUUUGGCUCAUUGUUUCUAGUAUAUUUCAGUAAUUGUCAUUUUCCAUGAUUGGGAAGAUUGUCUAUGCUCUCCACACAAGGGGAUUCAUUCAUCUUUCCUCCCAAAACAGCUUCACAUCGAUUAAAUAAAUGUUAA